CCAACAGCAAUCACAGUGGCGUACUCGAUAUAAAUCAGAGCUUCGUGUUGUGUUGCUCCGACUAAAAUCUCCUUUUUCUUCAAACUUUCAACAAAAAAACUCUUCAAAGUCUCUUCACAUUAAUUUAUCCUAUAAUUGGGUACCUGUUUCUUAUCUCUGUAACCCAUCAUCAGAGAUAAAGCUGUAAAAGUUUCUGCUAAUUUUAGAAUGAGAAGUAGAGUUCUUCUCCGGUCAGCACGCCGACUUCUAUCCGCAGUUCAAAACCAAGAUUACUGUUACUAUAAUUCGUCUCUUAAAGCCCAGCAAAACCACUAUCAAUUUUUGCAUACCAAUUUUAUUAAUAAUAAACCCUUCAGUCGCGGUGAUAUAUUUCUUGGCUUGAAUUCUAUCGUCAAUUCAAGAACUUUAUCUUCGGAUGCUGCCGUAAAGCUUUCGAAUGGCGUUGGGUUUGUGUUUUCUAUGUUUUUAUUGGUUCAAUCCACAGAUGCGAGCCGAGGAGGGCCUCUUGUAGAGUACGAAAGACGAAUUGCUGCUGGUGAGCUGAUGGAUGGUGAUAGCUGUCAGGUAGGCACUUUAAGAGAGCUUCAAAGGCUUUAUGAUGCGAUUUUUGAGUCAGCUGAUGCUUGCAAGUUGGACCGCUACACUGCUUCUGACAAAUCAGGAAGGAGUAGGUGGUUGUGGUCGCGUUUCUUGCCACAAUCUUCAUAUUCACCGGUUAAAGGACUAUAUCUUUAUGGAGGAGUGGGCACUGGGAAGACUAUGUUGAUGGACUUAUUCUUUGAUCAACUGCCUGACAAUUGGAGGAAAAAGAGGAUCCAUUUUCAUGACUUCAUGUUGAAUGUCCAUAGCCGCUUGCAAAAACAUAAAGGCGUGGCAGAUCCACUUGAAGUUGUGGCUGGAGAAAUAUCUGAUGAGGCUGUUUUAUUAUGCCUGGAUGAAUUCAUGGUGACUGAUGUUGCUGAUGCAUUAAUAUUAAAUCGUCUAUUUGGACAUUUAUUCAGAAAUGGCGUUAUUCUCGUUGCAACCUCAAAUCGGGCUCCAGAUAAUUUAUAUGAAGGUGGAUUACAGAGGGAUCUUUUUCUGCCUUUCAUCGCAACUUUGAAGGAAAGAUGUGUGAGUCAUCAAAUUGGUUCAUCAGUAGACUACAGGAAAAUGACAUCGGCUCAAGAAGGAUUCUACUUUGUUGGCGAGGAUUUAUCAGACCAUCUUAAGCAGAAGUUCCAAGAAUUAAUUGGGGAGCAAAUCGCGGUUCCUCAAGAGGUGGAAGUAGUAAUGGGAAGGAAAUUACUGGUUCCACUGGGCGCUAAUGGAUGUGCAUUUUUUAACUUUGAGGAACUUUGUGACAGACCUCUUGGAGCUGCAGAUUAUUUUGGAUUGUUCAAGAACUUUCAUACCCUGGCAUUGGAAGGUAUCCCGAUCUUUGGGCUUCACAAUAGGACGGCAGCAUAUCGCUUUGUAACUUUGGUAGAUGUGAUGUAUGAAAACAGGGGCAGGCUACUGUGUACAGCUGAAGGAAGUCCCGUAGAACUUCUCCAAAGGGUAAUUACAGUUUCUGAUGCACAGCAAAUGGCACCGAGAACCUCUACAAGAUCAAGAAGAAACGAUGAAGUUGAUUUAUGUGUAGACAAUGAACUCGGAUUUGCUAAAGACCGGACCAUUAGCAGAUUAACAGAAAUGAAUAGUAAAGAAUACUUGGAGCAGCAUGCUGCCGCGUUAGCCUCAAAGCAGCACUGAGGCUGCCGAAGAGAAAGGACCCAUUUACCAUUAUUCCAAUUUCCAACCCAUUGUUGUCAAAAUAAAUUAGGUUUUAACCAAUUGAGUUUAGGUUUUAUUAAAAUCCUUUAGUUAGUUGAAUAAAACUAACUUAUUGUCUGUGAAUUACAGCCUUAGCAGGUUGAUGUAACAAAAAUAUUCCAGAUGUGCUUAUAUAUACUUUUUUU